CCGCGGGGCCCCCGGGCCCGUCACGGCUCCUUUGUGCCGCGGGCACGGCACCAGCGCCGCUGCUGACUCAGCGAUUCUGCCCGGGCGCCGCCGUGGGAGCCCCGUGACCCACCGGAGGGGGGACCCCGCCAGGGCAGCGGGUGGCGGCCGAGCACUGAGGCGACAGCUCUGCGGAAAGCCGGCGACAGCCGGCGUCACUCCGUGCGGGGCCGGGGGACACGGGGGACACCGCGGCUGAGCAGGACCCGCCCAGCACAUCCUCCCGCUGCAGCUGCCAUGGGCUCCCGGCACUUCCCGGCCCGGACCGUGCUCUUUGAGAAGGAAUCCAACGGUGUCACCUACCGUGUGCCCGCCCUGCUCUACCUGCCCUGCGUGGCCAAGCUGCUGGCGUUCGCCGAGGAGCGCCUCAGCGCCGACGAUGCCCACGCCAACCUGCUGGUGCUGCGCCGCGGCACCAUCUACGGCAGCUACGUGGAGUGGGAAGACAUGCGUGUGCUGGAGACGGCAACGCUGCAGCACCACCGCUCAAUGAACCCCUGCCCACUCUACGAUGAGUUCACGGGCACCCUCUUCCUCUUCUUCAUCACGGUGCUGGGCAGGACGCCCGAAGCCUACCAGAUUGUCACUGGCCAAAACGUCACCCGCCUCUGCUGUGUCACCAGUGCUGACCAGGGCCUGAGCUGGAGCACAGCCACAGACCUGACACAGCAGGUCAUUGGUGCGACCAUCAAAGACUGGGCGACGUUCGCGCUGGGCCCCGGGCACGGGAUCCAGCUGCGCUCCGGCCGGCUGCUGGUGCCCGCCUACAGCUACCACAUCGACUGCAAGGAGUGCUUUGGGCAGCUCUGCAAGACCACCCCGCACUCCUUCGCCUUCUACAGCGACGACCACGGCCGCGGCUGGCGCUUCGGGGAGUUCAUCCCCAACCUGCAGACGGGCGAGUGCCAGCUGGUCUCGGUGGAUGAGGAGGACGGCUCCAACGUCCUCUACUGCAACGCCCGCAGCCCCUUGGGCUUCAGGGUGCAGGCGCUCAGCACGGAUGAUGGGGCCGUGUUCCACGGGGGGCAGCUGGUGCAGCGGCUGGUGGAGCCCCCCCCCGGCUGCCACGGCAGUGUCAUCGGCUUCCCUGCACCGCUGGUGUAUGUGCCCAGCGCCUCCCGGGACACCGGGACACCCCUCCGGGGCUCAGCUCGCCCGCUGCUCCCCGGGGCGCUCCGGGCGCUCGGGCACCUGCCCGCCCGGCAGGCAGGAGGUGCUGGGCUGCCCGCUGGCAACCCCCACCAGCCAGAUGAGCCCAGCGAGGACUGCGCUACCCCAGGGCGUCACAAUGAUGCCCACGGUGUCACCUUGGUCCGGGGGCACUCUGCAGCAUCCCCCAGCCCCACUCCUUUCUUCCAAGCACCGACGUGGAUCCUCUACUCGCACCCCACCAGCUCCAUGUCGCGGGUCAACAUGGGGGUUCACCUGAGCACCUUCCCCAGGGACGCAGAGAGCUGGACAGAGCCCUGGGUCAUCUACGAGGGCCCGAGCGCGUACUCGGACCUGGCGUACCUGGAGCUGCCCCACAGGGAGGCGCCGGUGGCGGGGGGCACGGCCAUCGCCUCCCCCUGCCUCUACGAGAACGGCACGCGCUCCCCCUACGAGCAGAUCUCCUUCAGCAUGUUCACGCUGCACGACGUGCUGCAGAACAUCCCCCUGACGGCCACCGCUCCCCGCCACCGCGCCAAGAGGAGGAGAAGGAGCUGCCUCGUGUCCUGAGCCUGCCCAGGUCAGCUCCCCACACACCCCAGUGCUGCCAU